CUGGUGGUGGUGCUAGUGGGACAGAGGUGCCAAGUGGGCUUUUGACGUCGAUGACGUCACUACCAUCACUAUCAUUGUUUUUCACGAAAAAGCCGGUGUUGUCAAUAUUCUGUAGAUAUAUCCGAGCAAGAUGGGAAAGACCGUAUCUGAAAGAUUUAUAUCACCGACGAAUGUUAGCUGGAGCUGAUCCUAUACUAAGUCGAUCUGCAUAUCCUAACUGGGAUUAUGAUUCGGAAAUUUAUGCCUUCGGCCAUCGAAUUGGUGCUCCAGAAACUGAUAAGAAUGUGCUAAUCCAAGCACUUACCGAUAAUUCCUUCUAUCAGCGAGCUGAUAUAGCAGAGGAAUCAGCAAAUGCCCAGCCGAGUAAGCAAGAAAGUUAUGAAAUGAAGGAACACAACGAACAACUUAUUCAGCUUGGGAGUGAACUUCUGUGGAAAAGUACGUGCGCAUAUUUACGAUAUGGCCUGCCUCAUGCUCCAGAGGAGCUCAUCUCUAGUUUAGCUUUGAAACUAAUUUCUGAUGAACAGAUCGCCACUUUGGCUACUUAUUUGGGCAUCAAUAAUUUGAUCCGUACUGCCGAGUUCCCGCCGUCGAAUGCAUCUUUAUGUAAUGCCUUCAAAGCUCUCAUUGCAACAUUACCUUACCAAAGAGCCAUUGCUUUAAUCCGGAAUGUAAUCAUGGCACAGCUGGUUGAUUUGGAUAUCGAAGAGGUGUUUCCAUUAGCAGAACCGCUUGCUGUACUUCGGUUCGUCAUAUUUUCUAGUACCGGUAUGGAAGUCGAACCUCGUCUUUUACGCUCUGCCGGUGAAAUUAGUGCUGAACCAAUAUUUAUUGCUGGAAUCUACGCAAAUAAGAGACUUAUUGGACAAGGUCCUGGAGAAACGAUAUCUAUAGCAGUCGAUAUGGCCGCUAUGAAUGCAUUGAUGCGAUGUUGGGGAGUUACAGCAGACAAAAAGUUCCCAUUUAAUGAACUUGAUUCGCUCGAAGAUCUCGAACGGUUCGACGAACCACAUUAUUCUCUUCGAGAGAUUUGUGGUCCUAGCUUCGUACUGAAAUUUGUUGAUCUGGAGGAGGAGCACGAACCGAUCAAUGUGAAGGACGUGGCUUUGAGGUACAAGAAGGAAAUUGAAUCUGUGAUUGGUAUUCCAUUGCGACGACGAUUGCGGCAUAAAUUUUCGCGUGGGACGUUCGGUAAACGAAGUUUUCGUUAUAUCAAUAAACCAAAAAUAUGUCAAAUAUGUUAAAUUGUUCUAUUUUUUUGUUGUUUGGAUAAUGAUGGUUUCCGGUGAUAGGCUGCAAAUGAGGCGAUGCUCAAAGUCAAUCCACAUCUCUGUUCAAGUUUAUAAAAGUUUAUAAAAGCCAUUGUAAAAAUAGCGAGUGGUCAUUUGAGAAGGAAGUAUGGCUACCUUUUAAUUGUUACUAAUCUAGCUUAUUUUUUGUUACUGAGUUAAUUUUUCCGGAGAAUAUAGGUAACAAUCAUUUUUUUUUCUAGUUCAACGAACAUUUUCUUUUUGAGUUUCGUUGUGGUACAUUGUCAUGUUCAUUAUGUGUAUUUUAAAAAGUGAUAAGC